AUGAUAUCCCUGGACCACAGCUGGAUCGUAUGGCUCUCUGUGUUUGUUGUUGUUUUUUCAAGUCUUAUUCUCUUUUACCGUCGACAACUUGACUUCCAAAGAGACAAAAGGUCCGAAUUUGACGGGAAAAGUGUUCUUGUGGUCACUGCUCACCCAGAUGAUGAAUGCAUGUUCUUUUCGCCCACCAUUAUAAAUCUCCAGCGAUUAAGCAAGGUUCAUCUAUUGUGCCUUUCGACUGGUAACUUUUACAAACAAGGAAGUAUUCGGAAAGAGGAGUUAUUGUCAAGCUGUAGCAUUUUAGGGAUUCCACCGAAGCAUGUCACUGUUAUUAAUCAUGGUGACCUUCCUGAUGAUCCUAAAGCAGAUUGGGACACUCAGAUUGGAGGACAAAUAAUCACUGAAUAUAUCAAACACAACCAGAUUCAAGUGGUCAUAACCUUUGACUCUUAUGGAGUAUCUGGCCAUACAAACCAUAUUGCUAUCUUCAAAGCAAUAAAAAUACUUCAAACUGAAGAACUCCUUGGAGAAGUUAAUUGUUAUGUGCUCACAAGUGUUGGGAUUUUGAGAAAGUACAUCUCACUCUUUGAUCUUCCACUAAGUGUUUUUUCACAGCAGAUGUUUCUCCUUAGUCCUCAAGAUAUGAUUUUAGCCCAGAAGGCCAUGUAUGCUCACAAAAGUCAGUUGCUGUGGUUUCGGAGGCUGUACAUCAUAUUUUCCAGAUUUAUGCUGAUAAAUACACUUGAAGAACUGAAAUAAGAUAGCUCCAAAGAGAUGAUUCAGCAGUGCUACCAAGACACUCAGCAGUCUCAGAUAAUCACUGAGAGUGAUCAAGAUCUCAAUAUUCUCUUGAACAAAGUAUGUCAUGAUAUAAGAAUAAAGAUCAAGUCAUAAAG